GCAGUGGCCGCCUGGCUGUGUAAGGGGAGGUCGGUGGGUCUCAUUCGGUCUUUCCUUCGGAGGAGAAGGACGGGGCCCGCGGAGGCAGCGGCGCCAGAGAGGGCUAUCAGGCCGUGCCGCGGCCGGGGAGAGGGUGGGGGGCCGGGCCUCGCGAGGCCACGGCUUGAAGGGAGCGGUCACGGUGGCGGAGCCCGUGGAGGCCGGGGCCCGUCCCGCCCCCGUCCCCCCCUCAGAGGCGGCAGAGGCGCCGCAAGAAGAAGGGGAAGAAGAACCGGCCCCGAGGAGGAGGAGCAGCGACGGCGGCGGCGGCGGAGCGUCUUCCCCUCCGCCGCCGUCGUCCUCCUCGGCCGCCCCCGGACCCCCUCCUCCUCCUCCGCCGCCUCCUCCUCCUGCGGCGGCGCCCUCGGGGCCCAUGGAGGGCCUCCCCGUCGAGGUCCGCGGCUCCAACGGGGCCUUCUACAAGGGUUUUGUUAAAGAUGUUCAUGAAGAUUCGGUCACAAUAUCCUUCGAAAACAACUGGCAACCCGAGAGACAAAUCCCAUUUGGGGAUGUUCGGCUACCCCCGCCUGCAGACUACAGCAAAGAGAUUUCAGAAGGUGAUGAAGUGGAGGUUUAUUCCCGAGCAAACGAACAUGAGCCGUGUGGCUGGUGGCUGGCCAGGGUCCGAAUGAUGAAAGGAGAUUUCUACGUCAUAGAAUAUGCCGCUUGCGACGCCAUCUAUAAUGAAAUUGUCACAUUGGAACGGCUGCGGCCGGUCAAUCCCUGCAAAGUGGCCACCAAGUGCAGCUUUUUCAAAUUCACCAUCGCCGUACCAGAAGAUCUUAAAGAAGCCUGCUCAAAUGAAAAUGUGCAUAAAGAGUUCAAGAAAGCUGUUAGUGCAAACUGCAUCUUCCUCAAUCCCACCAGCAGCGAGCUCAUCAUCCUGUCCACAAAUGAGUCCACGGUCAAGAGGGCAUCUCUCCUGGGAGACAUGCAUCUUCGUAGCAUCCGAACCAAGCUGAUGCUGAUGUCCCGGAAUGAGGAAGCCAACAAGCACUUGGAGACAAGCAAGCAGCUGGCGUCGGCCUUCCAGGAGGAGUUCACGGUGCGCGAGGACCUAAUGGGGCUGGCCAUCGGCACUCAUGGGGCCAACAUCCAGCAGGCUCGCAAAGUGCUGGGUGUCACCGCCAUUGAGCUGGACGAGGAGACCUGCACCUUCCGCAUCUAUGGGGAGACCCCAGAAGCCUGCAAACAGGCCAGGAGCUUCUUGGAAUUCUCCGAAGACUUUGUUCAAGUCCCCCGAAACCUAGUUGGGAAGGUGAUCGGCAAGAAUGGGAAGGUCAUCCAGGAGAUUGUGGACAAAUCUGGGGUGGUCCGAGUGCGAGUGGAAGGUGACAAUGACAAGAAGAACCCCAGGGAAGAGGGGAUGGUCCCCUUCAUUUUUGUGGGAACGCGAGAGAAUAUCAGCAAUGCACAGGCCCUGUUGGAGUACCACCUCUCCUACCUUCAGGAAGUGGAACAGUUGCGCCUGGAGCGGCUGCAAAUCGAUGAGCAGCUGCGCCAGAUCGGCCUGGGCUUCCGGCCCCUGUCUAACCGCUCUGAUAAGGAGCGCGGCAGCGGCUACACCACUGAUGAGAGCACCUCUUCCUCCCUGCAUGGCACCCGGACGUAUGGGGGCAGCUACGGUGGCCGCGGCCGGGGACGCAGGGCUCCCAACUCUGGUUACGCCACCAACUCAGACAUGUCCAAUGCCUCCGAGACUGAGUCGGAAAAAAGAGAGGAGUACGAGUGCCUGCAGCCCAGUGAGCGUGACCCUCGCUUGGAGGACAACCGCAGACGGCCGGGUGUAGGGCGCGGCCGGGGACCCCCUCCGGCACCUCGCGGGAGCAGCAGCAGCAAGUACAACUCCUCCUCUAUCAGUUCAGUCUUGAAAGACCCAGACAGCAACCCCUACAGCCUGCUGGACAACACUGAGACGGACCAGACUGCUGAUACAGACGCCAGCGAAUCGCAGCCAGUCAGCAACCGACGACGACGCUCCCGACGACGCCGGACUGAUGAGGAUGCCACCAUGAUGGAUGGGGCCCUGGAGUCCGACAGCGUCUCUGUCAGUGAAAAUGGAGUGGAGGAGGAGUCAAAGCCUCAGAGACGCAACCGGAGCAGGCGCCGGCGUAAUCGUGGCAAUCGUGUGGAUGGCUCCAUCAGUCGAGACCGUCAACCAGUCACCGUUGCAGACUUCAUUUCUCGGGCCGAGUCGCAGAGCCGGCAGGCGCCCCGAUGUAAAGAGAGCCGGGAGAAGUCCGCCGAAGGCAGCACAUCAAAGCAGAAGGGCGAGACCCACAGCAAGGUUGCCAACGGCCCUUCGGAGAAUGGGGAGCAUGCUGGAGGCACAGGCGGCGAGGAGGUGGCUGCCCUGGUGAAUGGCGUGUCCUAAGGGGCCCCCCUCCAAGUCGUCGCUGGCCAAGUUCUCCUCUUCAGCGAAAUCGAUCCUUACUAUUCACCUGCUUGCAACAUCUUAAGAGAAAACGAAAAUAAAACACCACACCUGUCUCUUGUUUAAGAACAAAACCAUUAUUUAAACCAACAAACCAACAGCAAAAUCAACCCAAUCCCAAGGUAAAUGAUCUCUUGCUCGAUAAAAGCUUGCCAAAGACGGGGAAACUCUUUCUUACCACCGCUCUUAACACAUCCUGGUGAAGCUUCGGCGGCAGCAGCGGCUUUGGGGAAGGGGCUGGUUAAAGACACGCACUCCCUCCCUGCCUCUCUCUCUCUCUUUGUUUUUCUGUCCUCUCUUCAUGUCAAAAGGGGAGCUUUCUGAUGCUGCCUGAGCUCAUGGCCCCCCUUCAGAGAGGCGCAGGUCAGCGAGGGGCGGGGAGACACUGACUUGUCAUGCAUCUGUUUGGUGACUUAAGGGAUUUUGUUUUUGUUUUGUUUUGAAAGACACGUGCGGAGGGGGGAAAACACUUUAAAAUAACUGGCUGUUCAAACUGGGGAAUGGAGAGGGAGAGAAACCUGUGCCUUCUGAUAAUUCAGACACACACAUACACACUUGGACACACAGACACAGACACACACGCAACACACAGAGAGAUGCCCCAUAGCGCAGAGUGCUCUUGUUCAUUUCCUUUUUAUUCUUCGAGGAGUUAAAAAUUGAAGGCAAGGAUUCAGUCCUGGCUGAGAGAGCGAGGUGGGAGAGCUGCCCCCUUCCCACUGCCCAGCGCCAAGAGGGGCUCAGUGGUGGGCUUUUGGGAUUAAUUCUCCCUCUUCCAAGAGGCUCAGCUUUCGAAAGGAGGAUGCGGUUCCCUACCAGCGCCGCCAUGGUAGGGAACGAGAAGGGCAGGGAAGAUGGCUCCUCAGCCACCCCAAAGCAGUGUCCUCUUUUCUUUGAGUCCUUCUCCUUUUACUAAAAACACUGUGGAAGACAGACGAAAUAAAACAAGAGAAACGACAGGCUUAAGACAAGCUGACGCGAAGGCCUCCUCCUCCUUGCUCUUGGCGUGGCUGCCUAGGGUUUGUGUGUUUGUGUGUGGGGGGAAAGGGGGGGUUUAAUCUGUGACGGUUGAGACUAUUUAUUUUUCACUGUACAGUAUUUAAAAAGAGAAUAAAAAACCCAACUCUUGAAAAAAAAAA